GUUGCCAUGAGCUGCUUGCGGGAGGAGGACGAUCCGUACGUGGUGGAGGAGCCCAGCGAUGAGGAGCGGGCGCUCAGCAGCUCAGAAGACGAGGUGGAUGUGCUCUUACAUGGCACUCCUGACCAGAAGCGUAAGCUGAUACGGGAGUGCUUGACUGGUGAAAGCGAGUCUUCCAGUGACGAUGAGUUCCAAAAGGAGAUGGAAGCAGAACUGACCACCACCAUGAGGACUAUGGAAGGCAAAUGGAAAUCGCCAGAAAUGGGUACUUCCUCAAAUACUGGGCAGACUGGAUCUGCCACCACUUCAAAAUACUACGAUGACAUUUACUUUGAUUCUGAUUCAGAGGAUGAAGAUAAACUAGUUACACAGGAUGUCCGGAAAAACAGAAAACAUCAGCAGCGUCGGAUUCCUUCCAAUGAUGAACUGCUCUAUGACCCAGAAGAAGACAGCAGAGACCAAGAGUGGGUAGACUCACAGAGGAGGGGGUACCGUAAUCAAAGAAGAGCUCUGCCACAGCAGCAGCAGGCAAAACCUUCAGCUGUUCCAAACAGUGAUGCUGUUUUGAACUGCCCUGCUUGCAUGACAACCUUGUGCCUGGACUGCCAGAGACAUGAAUCUUACAAAACACAGUAUAGAGCGAUGUUUGUGAUGAACUGCGCUGUUAACAAAGAGGAGAUUCUGAAAUACAGAGCAAAGCCAAAGAAAAGAAGUAAGAAAAUGAAGCCCAGCAAAGAAACUACCUCUGUACAAUCAAAUCAAGAAGAGGAGGAAGUGUAUCAUCCAGUAUUAUGUACUGAAUGCUCAACUGAAGUGGCAGUAAUGGAUAAAGAUGAAGUUUUUCACUUCUUCAAUGUUCUAGCCAGCCACUGCUAACAUGCAAAAGCAGGGGAAAAAAAUACCCUGCACUGUUUUCAGACUGUGAAGUAUCAAAAAUGCAGGCAGGUUGGCCUUUUUUAAAAUAAGGCCUCUUAAAAUGUACAUUUUCAUCAGAUAGCUUUAUAAUGGUUGGACUUCUGCAAAGUUUAUGAAAUUAAUUCAGUUAACUGCCUGCGUUUGAGAGCAAUGUUCUUUCACAGCAUCAGGUGUGAGGGUUUUAAACUUUGUAAAUAUAAGGUAAGAUCUGUGCAUUAUGAUCAUUC